AUGGCGACGAGCGAGCCCUUUUGGCAGGCCACCAAGCCGGCCCACAGGCACUAUCUCAAAAAGUUGGACCACCCGUGUAACCAGACGCUUGGCGGUCGCUUUGCAAGCUUCUUCGACGUGCUGCCCUCCACCUCACCCCGCUUCGCUGGGUUGUCGCCCCGCGACAAGUCCUGCUCCCCGCGGAUGCCUGGGGCGCUGCAUGCGCUCUAUCGUCAGCCUGAGGCGCAGAAGGUGGUGGCAGACGCCUGGAGCAAGAGCCCGCAGCCCCAGCGAAGUUGCCUGGGGCAGCUCGCGGCGCAAGUCUAUGCCAAGCUGGGAUCUCCGGAUCUCUUCUUCUUUUCAGAGGUAGAGGUAGCCAACCUGGAGCUCCUGUUUGCUUUGUCAGGACGACUUUGCUCCACUGGAAGCUCCGAGUGUGCGCAGUUUCUCCAGGCAGGCGCCGUGGCUUGCUUCGCCGAUGUGGCGUUAGAGGACGACCGCUGGCCGGGCACGCCAGAUCCUCGGCAAUACCAACUUGAUGCGUACAGGCAAGUGCUCAAGGAGAACACCAUCGUGAACCUGGACACUGGGCUCGGCAAGACGUUGAUUGCGGUGAUGUGCAUUGACUAUUACCUCAAAACACAGCCCGACAAGAAGGUCAUGCUUUGCGUGCCCACUAUAGCGCUGGCGAGUCAGCAGACCCAGGUCAUCCAGAAGACGAGCACAGUCCGCGUGCAGGUGGUGGAGGUCACCGGCAAGACCAGCAAGAACAGCGAAGCUUGGUGGAAGCAGCUACUCGCGAAUUACAAUGUCUUCGUGGGCACAGGGCAGCUCUUUAAACAGGCCCUGGUGGAUCAUGCCUUCCUGCGCCUCAGCGAUCUGAGCCUCAUCAUUUUGGAUGAGUGCCACAAUGCAGUUGGCAGCCAUCCUUACGUUGGCAUUAUGCAGGACAGCGUGCAGUGGAAGGAGAUGAGGCAGCAGCCGCGGGUCCUGGGGCUUACUGCCAGCUACUUGAACGGGAGGAGUAGCGACUUCCUGGGCCGAAAGCAGGAAUUGGAGGAGCGAUUGCGCAGCCGGCUCUGGUGCCCGAGCAGUGCCGACUUAGCCGAAUACCACAAUGAAAAGUCAUACAAGAGCAUCCAGUUCGGCAACGACUCUCCAAAGUUCAAGGAUUUUCAGGAGCGCUGCCGGAUCAGCUUGGAAUCCGUGCUCCAGGGCUACCGUGUGACUGAGGGCAGCCCGCUCUGGAACUACAAGAAUGAUAUGGACAAGCAACUGGAGAAAGCCAUGCGCUGCUUUCAGCAGGCCGGGUUCUAUGGCUGGCGCGUUUACCUCAAGUUCAAGCUGCUCCCGGCGAUCCGGGAGAGGCUAGCGCAGACACAGCACGACCCACAGGCGUUGAUACAAGCUGAGGAGGAGUGGGACUUCUGGAAGCCGUCAGAGGAGGAAGCGAGACCCCAGAAGCUCCAGAAGCUCGUCCUGCUGCUCAAGGACCUUAUUUGUGACCUUGGGGACAGGUGCCUUGUCUUCGUGGAACAGGUGGACGAUGCCUUCGCAUUGUCGAAGAGCAUCGACCUUUGCAUGCAGCGGCCAAUCACACAGUUUGUGUUUGGCACAAACUCCAUGACGACCGCUCAGCAGAGACAGGUCAUCGCAAAUUUCAAGGAGGGCCAUGUGCCGAUCCUGGUGUCAACCCCGGCGCUCGAGGAAGGCCUCGACGUGGUGGAGUGCAAUACGGUCAUCCGCUAUCAUGCCUUCCACACCUCCAAAGCUCACAUCCAGGGCUCUGGUCGUGCACGUGCGGAGGGCGCGCAGAUCUUCUAUUUCGAGAACAGCUGGGAAGAGGAGGAGCAGCAGGCGCAGAUGAUGCGGGAGGCGGCACGUGUGGAAAGCGCACCCGCGGAGCUGACAAAGGAGCCCGAGUCUGAGUACCCAUUCUUCAUCCAUCCCAGCACUGAUGCUCAGGUGGACGCCUACAACUGCCUUGCCAUUCUCCGAGAAUAUGUCUCCAAGACCGCCAAGGGCCAGUGGCCCGAUCCUUUUCAGCGACAAGAGGGCAUUGUGGUUGAGUGUUGCGUGCCGGUGCUCCGCAAGAUGCAGCAGACCACGGAGGAGCAGGUUGCUGAGUACUGGCGGAAGGUGGCUGAGAACCCUGGCCCAGCCAAGAUCAGUGAUUUCACCGGGAAGCUUGCCAGCGAGCGUAUCAAAGGAUGGUCCACGGAUGAAAUGCAGCAGCACCGUUUCGCCAUGGUAGCGGUGGUGCAGCUCAUUAAGGACGGGCACAUUGAUGAGCACAACAUGCCUUCUGUGGAGGCACUGAGGGGUGGCCCGGAGAAGCAAGCGAGGACGCUGCCAGGUGUGCCGGGCCCACCGGGACUGCCAAAACCACCAAAACCAGGUGUGCCAGGCCCCCCUGGGCUGCCGAAAGCAGGCGGCGCGUUGUCUGCCUCGUCUGAGCCUUGGUUCCCAACCGCUUUCAGCUCCCAGGAAGCGCGAGUGGCAGACAGCGGCUUCGAAAGGAGUGGAGAGGGGUCUCAGGCUUGGUCGGAAGGCUGGAGGUCAGAGAGGGAGAGCUGGGACGGCUGGAGUGCCUCAAGGCCAUCCCAAGUUUGCAGUGACUCUGGUGUCGAGAGGCGUGAACAGUGGAACAGCCAGAUUGAGGGCUCACGAAAGGUUGAGGAGCCUUGGAUGAGGGAAUCUUGGCGAAAGGGUGAGGAUCCUUGCGAGCUUCCUUGGCAAAAGGGCGAUGAUCCGCGGCGAAAGGACGAUUGGUGGCAAAAGGGCGAGGGCCCUUGGCAAAGCACUGAGGACACUUGGCGAAAGGGCAAGGGCCCUUGGCAAAGCAGUGAGGACACUUGGGGAAAGGGCGAGGAUCCUUGGCAAAGCAGUGAGGACACUUGGGGAAAGGGCGAGGAUCCUUGGCGAAGGGACGAGGAUCCUUGGCGAAGGAGUGAGGAGCCUUGGCGAAAGGGCGAGGAGCCUUGGCAAAGAGGCGAGGAGGUUUGGCGAAGGGGGGAGGACAGAUGGCGAAAGGGCGCGGACAGGGAAGACAGAUGGCGAAGCAGUGAGCACCUUUGGCGAAAGCGUGAGGAUGGCAGCUGGCACGACUGGCGUAAGGACAAGCAAUGGACUGGCAGGGAUGACUGGCCACCAGCAAAGCGAGGCACUUCCAUCGUGCCGGCGGUCGAGGCGCAGCUGCCUCCUGGGCCUGCUAAGCUGAAGAUGGACACUGCUUCCACAGGAAGCGAGGAGAAGACGGAUCGUGCGAAAAUGAAUGAGCUUCUGAUGAAGUAUUCGGGCACGCUUGAAAAGGGUGAUGUGGAGUUCAUCACCAAGAGCGUGACCCCCGGCUUUUUCCAGUCUACCGUGACUCUGAACUGCCUGGGCGAGGGCUGGACCUUCACUGGAGAGGCCAAAACCAGCAAGCAGGAGGCGGAACACUCUGCGAGCGCACAAACCUUGCCGCGCUUGCAGAGCUUGUUGGAUGGCAAUGCCCCGAAGCCGCUGCUGGCGCUGGCAGAUGCGCCAAGUGCCCCGGUGGCGAUCCCAAACCCCAAGGGCACGCUGCAGGAGAUGGUGAUGAGAAAGACUCGACGGCAGGAGAAGGAGGACUUUCACUACGACGUGGUUUCAGUAGACGAGAAGUUCGUGGUGAAGCUGCACUUGGGUGCCCAUGUGGUUGGAGGAGCUGCAGCGCUUUGCUUUCAGAGUUCGCCCUUCGGCGUGAAGACCAAAAAGGCCGUGAAGGACGCGGAAGAGGAGGUGGCCACCAAAGCUCUGCAGCAUAUGCAGGCACAGUCAGCGUCCAAAGCGUUGCCACCACCCACACCAGCAACACUGCCGCCUCCUGCAGCACCUGAACCCGCUUCUGCGGCACCAGUGGCGGCAGAGGGGGCACCUGCUGCUCUUUUGGACAGGUCGGAGUGCGGCGACCCUGAGGCGGAGGCCAUGCCGGAGACUGUCAAGGUGUGCUUGGUCAGACCAGACGGGAAGGAAAAGUCCAUGAUUUUGCUCAAGAGCAUGAUGAUCUCGGAGCUGAUUGCGAAGCACCGGCCCAGCUGCCUGUCGGAGGAGUUGGAGGUUGUGGGCCCCGGAGACAUGGUACUGCCGCCAGAUAUCACGCUGGAAGACUGUACCAUGGUCUUCGAGACGGAUGAGGAGGUGCCCAAGUUCUUCUUCCGCAAGGCGGAGGAUUGA